AUGAGUCCAGGAGAACCACCACGUUGUAUGCCAACUCUGUUUAUGGGAGUGCUACAGCAUCAAGAGUUAAAGAUGAGAGAACGAGGAUUUGCAUUUCUGUUUCGCUUCGCAGAGAGAAUAGUAGAAGACCAUGAAAUGAUUGUUGAAGUCCACUCAAAAUGGGGAAUUGAAGAAGGCAAUAGAUUUUAUUUCCGAAAAAAUUAUGCCAAAUAUGAGUUCUUUAAAAACCCUGAGAUUUUUUUCCCGGAUCAUUUGGUAUCCCUCUCAAAUGACAGCAAUGGCACAAUGAACCAUACACAGAUACUGCAGAUGUUUUUAAGUUCCACUGCAUAUCCUGAAAUUCAUGGUUAUUUGCAUUUUAAAGAGCAAGGGAAGAAAACCUGGAAAAAGAUGUAUUUUUUGUUACGAAGAUCUGGUCUAUAUUUUUCCACUAAGGGGACAUCAAAGGAACCAAGGCACCUGCAGCUUUUCAGUGAAUUCUGCAGUAGUGACAUAUAUAUGUCUUUGAGAGGCAAAAAGAUAUCCGGAGUACCAGCCACUUUUGGGUUCUGCUUCAAGCCUUAUAAAGCAGGAGGAACCAGAGACCUGAAACAGCUUUAUGCAGACAGUGAACAAAGUAGGACCUGUUGGAUGACAGCAAUUCGGUUGCUGAAGUAUGGAAUGCAGUUGUACCAGAAUUACACACAGCCCUAUCAAGGAAGAAGUGGGGGCAGUUUUCUUAGCACACCCAUGAGAAGUGUUUCAGAGAAUUCUCUUGUGGCUAUGGACUUCACAGGGAAUAAAUCCAGAAUUAUUGAAAGCCCCACAGAAGCCCUAUCAGUUGCAGUUGAAGAAGGUUUAGCAUGGCGGAAAAAAGGGAGCUUACGUCUUGGUACACACAGCAGUCCCAGCACUUUGCAAAGUGUUCCCUCAGCUGCAGCAAUACACAGUUCACAGCCAUGGUUUCAUCAUAAGAUUUCUAGAGAAGAUGCACAUCAACUGAUUCUGAGGCAAGGAUUGGUGGAUGGAGUUUUCUUGGUGCGGGAUAGUCAAAGCAAUCCCAAAACUUUUGUGUUGUCAUUAAGCCAUGGAUUAAAAAUAAAGCACUUCCAAAUUGUGCCAUUAGAAGAGGAAGGCAAACUCUUUUAUACAUUGGAUGAUGGUCACACCAGAUUCUCUGAUCUUAUUCAACUCGUGGAGUUCUACCAACUCAAUAAAGGAAUCCUUCCUUGCAAGUUAAAAUAUUACUGUGCCCGAAUUGCACUUUAG